AUGGCACCCGAAAAGCCACCUUCAGUGCCUUCGUUUCCAUUUUCUAUAAGAACCGUGAUUCUUGUAUGGCUGUGUUUUGUGGAAAUAUUCGCCAACAGCGAUGGCUACUCUGAUGAUAGCUACUACUACAACUACAACGGGAACAACCAAGAAAGCUACAACGCUGGAGAGUACCUCAGCGAUUGGAAUAAUCCAGAAUGGGCAAAACUGAGUGGGAGAGUCCAACAGCCCAAGUGUGUGGAGAUUCCUAGCAAUUUAACACUGUGUCAUGGCAUUGGCUAUGAGAAGAUGAUGCUGCCAAACCUGCUGGACCACGACACACUGAACGAGGUCACCCAGCAGGCAGCUUCCUGGGUGCCUCUGACACGCAUCAACUGUCAUCCAGACGCUAAAGUAUUUCUCUGUUCGUUGUUCUCGCCAGUUUGCCUGGACCGGCUGAUUUAUCCAUGCAGGUCACUGUGCCAGGGGGUCCAAGCCUCAUGUGUGGGCAGGAUGAAAACAUACGGCUUCGACUGGCCAGAUAUGCUCAAGUGUGACAAGUUUCCGCUAGAUAAUGAUAUGUGUAUCAAACUCAUUCAUGACGUCAAACCUGAUAACAACUGCACAGCCUGCAAGCAUCCACUGACGCACGAAUCCAUGAUCGACCAGUUUUGUCGCUCCAGUAUAGCCAUGCGAGUCAGCAUUAAAGAGUCCAAGGACGUCAACGGGCACAAGGAACUUGUACUGCAGAAAAAGAAGACCUUAUUCAAGCACGACGGACUGACCGAAAGCCAAGUGCGUAAUCUUCCCGCCAUCAUUGACGGUGGCGCCAACUGUAACUGCGAUAACAUCAACGAAACCAAAGGACGCUAUCUGCUCAUGGGCAACAAACGCGGGGAACAGAUGGUGAUCACUUUCGGAAUGGUCUGGAAUAGAAAAGAUAAAGAAUUCAAGAAAGGCAUCCACGCAAUUCAAAAAGGAAAUACGUGUGAAGGCAUCUUCCGGGAACUGUCCGCUAAUGGAGUAGAUUCAAAACCUCAAACGACUGCUGGGAAAGUUGACAAGACGAAAAAGUCCAAAGACAAAAAGGAGAAAAAGGGCAAAAAGGGUAAGGGGAAUAAAGGCAAAAAGAAAGGGAAAAAGAAAGGCAAGAAGGGAAAGAAGGGAAAGGGGAAUAAGAAGAAUAGGGAUAAAAAGGGAACGUCGCCAGGUAAUAAAGAGAACAAACGAGACAGCGCGUCCAAAUCUGAGUUAGAAGACAAGGCUUUGAACAACUUCAUGAAAGCUGCCAAUUGA